AGGAAAUGCGGGCUAGACCAGGUUGGAGUAGGAUGCUAAGUAGGUGAGUGCCUUUGGUUUGCUCUUAACGGGAAAUUGGAAAAGGAGGCCUACCAAGAUGCCGGAGGAUGGUGGCGCUGGAAGGUUCCUGACCCUUGAGGACCUCAUCGCAGCCCUAGAUCGACAUGAGAGGACCCCGAGUAAUGUUCUGAAGGUUGAGACCUUCGACUUCGAUGGGGAAAGGGUCUCAGAGUGGCUGGACCUGGUGGAACAGGCGAUGGUGGGAUUGUCAGAUGAGGUGAAAUUCCAGCGUAUCAUGAGGUACGUGCUCCAUAGGCACCAUCAGGAGGUGCAGAAGGUUGUGGAUGCCGCCCAUGGCAUUUGGGCGAGAUUCAGGGAGAACAUGCUGCGCAAGUAUCGACUGGGUGAUGGGUUGCUUACAAUCUCAGAUCUUGAGGGAAUGAACAAGGAUGACUUUACCACGAUAGGGGUCUUCGUACAAGAGUUUAAGAAGAAGGCAAGGAAAGUUCACGGGAUCUCUGAGGAGAGGCAGUGCGCCAUAUUUCUGGAGCUGCUCACUGGGUCAGAGGCACCCGAACUGACGAAUCGUGGAGGAGGCAGCGCAAAGCUUACCUGGGCCACCAUCAACAGAGGAGUGGAGGACGGGAGCUUAGACCAGGUAGAGCAGGAUCAGAUGCGCCUGCAAAGGAGGAAGAGGAAGGAAAGGGACGCUGCUGCAUUAGGGACCCCGGGGGUAAAGAGAAUCGUCACUUAUGUACUUGCGGCAUUAGGCUAUGGCCAGGAUGCCGAGGCACAGAGAAAGGCGGUAGCCGUGGUCCAAGGCCGAGGGAAAGAGGUGGGGGAUGAAGGCGCCGGGCAAGAGGAUUACGGUGGGGAGGAGACGGGGUCUGACUUUUUGAAGGCAGCCAUGCAGAGGGGCGGGCGGGGCACACGGCCACGACAAAGACCUCUCGGGGCAUCCGGAGGGGAGGAGCGGCAUGGGCCCUUCAGGAGAGAGCCUACACCGGUGUUUGAUGACGACAACAUCGAGUUCUUCUUGGACGCCUACCGAGAGCAUGCAGCCCAGAGAGGAUGGGACUUGUCCGAGAGGGUACGUCACUUGAGGGGAGUUGGGAGGUUCGAGGAGCCCGUUGCGCAAAUUAGGGAGGAAGCCCUGACUUGGUCGGAGGUGGAAGCAAGGAUGCAGAGACUGAGAGUUUUGCCUUUGGGGAAUGAUGGGCUACCUAUUCGCUUGGAGGAAGGGAACGUGGAGAAGUUCAUCCCGGCAUACGAACAGUAUAUGAGCGAUCAGGGGGUUCCGAGGGACGAGUGGGUGCAGACGCUACUCAUUUGGACCAGAGGAGCGGAGUGUGCGCUGGCGAGGCAGAUCCGGGGUCGGGCACGAGAUUGGGAGGAUUGUCGGGCUCAGUGGAGGGUGGCGUUUCGGCGACUGGAACCAUAGAGGCCAGAGCCCAAAAUUGAUAG